AUGAAUCUCCUUUGGAGUCUCGUUGUUGCAAUAUGGUACCUUCCUCUCAUGGUCCAGGCAAGGGCAGUGUUUGCUCAUUUCAUGGUCUCCAAUACAGCCGGGUAUAAAGUCUCAGAUUGGGAAGAGCAUAUGAGCGAGGCUAUUCAUGCCCACAUUGACGCAUUUGCCCUCAACAUUGCCAAUGACGAGGAUAUCACCGAAUCUUCCUUGGGAAAUGCUUUCCUUGCGGCCCAAAACACCGGAUUUCAACUGUUCUUUUCGUUUGAUUAUGCUGGCAAUGGUCCAUGGGACAAAGCAAAAGUAAUCAGUCUUCUCAAUUCCUACGCUGGCAGCUCGCUGACGUACUGGCAUCACAACGGCCAACCGCUGUGCUCCACAUUUGAAGGACCUGGCAAUGCAGCCGACUGGGCAAAUAUCAAGAAGGCGACGAACUGCUUUUUCGUACCUGAUUGGUCAUCUCUGGGAGCGAAGAUUGCCAUGGACCAGGCCAAUGGAAUUGCAGAUGGGCUUUUCAGCUGGGCCGCCUGGCCAUAUGGACCGUCGGACAUGGAUACCUACACCGAUGCCUCCUACCAGCAGUUCCUGAAUGGUAAAGCGUACAUGAUGCCCGUCUCGCCCUGGUUCUACACGAACAUGCCCGGUUAUGACAAAAAUUGGAUGUGGCGCGGAGACGACCUCUGGUAUGAUCGUUGGCAACAGGUCAUGUACCUGGCGCCGGAAUUCGUCGAAAUCAUUUCGUGGAACGACUAUGGCGAAUCUCAUUAUAUUGGCCCUUCUUACGACAGCCACAAAGAGCUGGCUGAUGCCACCUACGUGGCAUUCGGCGACAAAUACGGCAAGUCGCCUUUCAACUACGCCCAAGCGUAUGACCAUAGUGGCUGGCGAGCCUUCCUCCCCUUCUUGAUCGACAACUACAAAAUGAACAGCACCACGAUCACAGAGGAAGGGGUGUCAGCAUGGUAUCGGCUCAAUGCGGCAGGAGCGUGUGCUUCCGAUGGCGACACGACGGCAAACACCGUGAGCCAGCUGCAGUUGGAAUAUUACCCCAAGGAUGUCGCCCAGGAUAAGAUCUUCUUCUCUGCACUGUUGGGCUCCACGGCCCAGGUCACAGUCACAGUCGGGGGUGUCGAUCUUGGCGCUUCUUGGACCCAUAUUCCCAGCGGUAACGCGGGUAUCUAUCAUGGCAGUGUGUCCUUUAAAGGCCACUCCGGAGAUGUUUACGUCACAAUCACACGCGGCGGAGCCACUCUAGUCUCUCUAGGCGGAGAACAGAUCAGCAGCGGAUGUUCCAACACACUGGGCAUCGAAAACUGGAACGCCUGGGUCGGUAGCGAGAUGGCCGGAAACUCUAUAUCUGUCGAAUCCCCUUCGCUGGCCAACCAAGUUUGCAUCCAGGGCUGGGGAAAGGGUAAUUUUGCCGGAAUAUGUGACUUCACUUGCAGUCUGGGUUACUGCCCUCCAAGUGCCUGCGUGUGUACGAAGAUGGGACCACAGCCCGAAAUGCCUAAGGCUACCGGUGUUCAAGGGUAUCCCACUACAGGCGAGAGCGCUAGCUAUAGCGGUCUAUGUUCCUUUGCUUGCAACUACGGUAAUUGCAUUGCAGGCGUGUGUGGUACUACCAAGGUCCCGCUCAACGUGCCCACGACCUCGCCGUUCGUCCCGGAUACAUGCACGGCCGGCACUGGGUCUGGGGCCUUUGCCGGCUUGUGCAGCUAUGGAUGCAAUGUUGGAUAUUGCCCUAUUCACAACUGUACAUGCACAGCCACGGGUCCUUUGAAUGUCCCCUCCGCCUCCAACUCCAGCAUUACGGGCCUCUCUUCCGUCGGCGGUGACAGCGGACUGUGCAACUUUGCUUGUGAGAGGGGCUACUGCCCGGAUCCUACCUGUGUGGAUAACGCAUCUCCCUCAACCAACUGUGAUAAUGACGAUGGGACAAAUGCCGCAUGCGAUGAGCCUGUGGUUUGCGACUUUACUCUGAGCUUCGGAUCGAUGGAUGAUCUGCAAGACGCACUUGGCGACCUAGAUGCAGUAUGUGUGGACUACUACAUGUUGGAUGUGCUGGCCACAGUACUCAACCAGACCUUGGCCAACUACACCGAUAUCACGAGCAGCUACGAUAAGAAAUUCGACGAGUAUGUCGAAUAUAUCAAGGAGAUCAUCCCCAAGCAGCUGGAUGCAUUCAUGUAUCCCGAGGAGCCCUAUGGUCCAGGAAAUCAAUUCUUCCAAUGCACCUACAACCAUAUUGGCCGGAACAGCACCACACAAUCGUGUCCCGCGGACAUUGGUAUCGUUUCGGGCACAUAUACAGUCUACUACGAGUUGGUAGACGAAGACGGCUUCUACAAGAAGCUAUCCACUGACUAUGGCAUCGAAGAGUCAUGGGUGAGCUUUGGAAACAACAAAUUGGACUUGAGUUGUACGCCUGAAAUGGAUAAAAUAGGCUGCGAAAUGGUCCACAGAACCUACACCGGCUUUCCCGUGGAGGCAGAUAAAAGCACUAUCAAGGUCGCCAACCCCAAAGAUAUCAUGACCAUGGCCCUGCCGAACAUACGGAGCCUCAAAGCCAGUAUCUCUGUGGCUCAAAUCCAGCUUGCAUUGGGAUCAUGGGUCGGUCCCACGGAUGAUCUCGUACAAUCCAUCUCCUUGGCAGUCUUCAUGCUCAGCCAGGCUGUGAGCAACAUGCAGGAAGUGGUUGAGAUUGCCGACUCAUACGAGGAGGAAAAGAAGAAGGAUUUGAUCAGCAAAAUAUUGAUGGGAGUUCUUCUAGUUGUGCCAUUUUUGGGUGAAGUAGACCUCGUGACAGAUGCUUUCGUCGGACUUUCGCGUAUCAUUACCAUCAUUGGUGAUGCCGGGGUGGCUGCCACAACCAUUUAUGCCGUCGUGGAAGACCCCAAGAUGGCACCGCUCACUAUCCUGGAAACGCUUCUGUUUACUGGCAUGCGCAAUCCUGAGGAAUUCUCGGCCAUGGGCACCGCUCGGAGAGGCAUGAGCAAGGAUGAUCUCAAGAGUCUAGGCUCGGGGAUUGCUGCCCUGGACAAGCAGUUCCAGGACAUUGUUGCAAAGUGUGUGUCCAAGUGA